ACCAGAAGCGAGGAAAGGACAUCAAAACCAAAAAGACAAUGAGGACUGUCACAGCUUUUGUUCUUCUAGCCUGUCUGAUUGCUUUAGGAGUGAACGGGCAGGACAGGUCCAAGGGCAGAUGUAUUUGUGCUGAUAUAGGAGUGAACAUUGUUUUAAGAAAGAACAUUGAGAAGGUUGAAAUCAUACCUCCAAGUGCAUCUUGCGAAAGACAGGAGAUUAUUGUCACUCUGAAAAACGGCGCAGGUCAGAAAUGUAUGAAUCCAGAGUCGAAAUUCACUAAAAAUAUCAUCCUGAGGACACUCGAAAAACAGGGCCAACAGUAGGACGCUCUCAACAUAAACUGCUCCAGAGAACUCAUACACUGUCUGAAUUUCAGCUGAAUUUAAGCUCAUUCAUUUCUUUUUCUGUAAAAAGGCCUUGGCUUAUUAUUAAUUGGAUAUAUAUAACAUAUUUUUUCACAUUUUUUAUUAGACUACUGAACAAUGUGUCAUAUGUACAGUCUUUUUACAAUUUGUUAAUGAUCGUAGUUGAUUCUAUUUUUUAUUGUCCCUUUACAAAGAACUGCUAAAUAAAGCUUCUAAUU